UAGAACGGCAAUCUCUCGCCGCGGAAUAUCCAGUCGUCUGCUCGACGACUAUAGCGCGAGAUCGACGCGUCUGAUUCGCGGACACUCGACGCAGCACGUGGAUCCGCCGCUCGCUGUCAGCAGGAAUCAUCCCGGGUGUCAAGUGUCAAAAAUUCGUCGCAGAGAGACCUCGAACGCGAGAAGUGAGCUAUGGAUCCCGACAGCUUCAAGGAGUACGCCAAGGAUAUGGCGGAAUACGUCACCAAUUAUUUAGAAAAUAUCAGAGAUAGGAAGGUCUUGCCUACCGUAGAACCGGGAUACAUGAAUCCACUUCUACCUUCCGAGGCACCGCAAACUCCCGAUCAGUGGAAAGACAUUAUGACCGACAUCGAAAGAGUGAUAAUGCCAGGUGUUACUCACUGGCACAGUCCGAAAUUCCACGCGUACUUUCCCACUGCGCAAUCGUAUCCUGCGAUUCUAGCCGACAUGUUGAGCGGAGCUAUCGCGUGUAUCGGAUUUACGUGGAUUGCCAGUCCGGCUUGUACCGAGUUGGAAGUGAUCAUGUUGGAUUGGUUGGGAAAAAUGUUGGACUUGCCGAAGGAAUUUCUUGCCUGCAACGGCGGAAAGGGCGGUGGUGUUAUUCAGGGAACUGCGAGCGAGGCCACUUUAGUGGCGUUACUGGGAGCAAAGGCUAGAAAAAUAAAGCAAAUUAAAGAACAGCAUCCCGAUUGGACGGAUAGCGAGAUCAUCAGCAAACUAGUCGCAUACUGUUCCUGCCAAGCGCACAGCUCGGUCGAGCGCGCCGGACUUCUUGGUGGAGUGCAGUUCAGACAAUUGGAAGUAGAUGACAAAUAUAGAUUGUGCGGUGAUUCGUUGGCCGAAGCAAUCCGAAAGGAUAAAGAGCACGGAUUUAUACCGUUUUACGCAGUCGCGACCUUAGGGACCACCGUUUCUUGCGCAUUUGAUCGUCUCGACGAAAUGGGCAUCGUGACGACUCGCGAGGACAUUUGGUUGCACGUGGACGCUGCUUACGCGGGAUCUUCCUUUAUUUGUCCGGAAUUUCGAUACUUGAUGAAAGGCAUCGAGCUGGCGGACUCGUUUAAUUUUAAUCCCCACAAAUGGAUGCUGGUUAACUUUGAUUGCUCCGCCAUGUGGCUCAAAGACCCGACCUACGUCAUCAACGCUUUCAAUGUCGAUCCUCUGUAUCUAAAGCACGACAUGCAGGGGUCGGCGCCGGAUUACAGGCACUGGCAGAUUCCACUCGGACGUAGAUUCCGAGCACUGAAGCUCUGGUUCGUACUGAGACUCUAUGGCGUGGAGAAUCUACAAAAGUUCAUUAGAAAACACAUCGCUCAGGCGCACGAAUUCGAAGCGUUAGUUCUCACCGAUCCUCGCUUCGAAAUCGUCGGCGACGUUCUCAUGGGACUCGUUUGUUUCCGCCUAAAAGGUUCCAACGAGCUCAACGAAGCUCUCUUGAAGAAAAUCAACGGCGCCGGAAACAUUCAUCUCGUACCGUCUAAGAUCAAAGACACGUACUUUCUGCGAUUCGCCGUUUGCUCUCGUUUCAGCGAGAGCAAGGACAUACAAUAUUCCUGGAAGGAGAUCAAGCUGAGAGCCAACGAGGUUCUCGAAGAGCACUCGGUUUCGAAGUGAUGGCGCGCGCAAAUAGCUCGCGGUUGUAGAUCCCUGGUCCCCGCCACUUGCACCCAAUCUUAACUUCGUAAGUUUUUUUUCCCUUUCAUCGGUUUCAAGAGAAAGAAGAUCAGAAGACCAAAUACGACCAAAAUCGACGAGUAAAGUUAAGAAGAGAAUUUCAAAUCGUUGAGCGCUACUUUAAAAACAGAAAUUCUUUUAUUUUGUAGAUCAAUUUGUUUUGUUCUUUAAUAGCACGCGUGGGAUUAAUUAAUAAGAGAUUAGGAAUAUGUUGUUACACAUGUGAGAGAAGUGGAUUGAUUGGAAAAAUGUGUUUUUUAAAUAAUUGCUGAGAAUCAGAAGACGACGACAACAGGCUGCUGAGAGUCGUGUUAACGGAAUGAGGUGUAAUACAGUAUUACGCGUCGCCUUGUGCUACUUUUGCUGGCGCACAAUCAAUGUGUUACUGUGCGAACACUUUAGACAAUAUCCUUGUAAGUAAGAUUAUUGUGUGGUGAAAGUCAUACAUUUGUUGUCAUUGCAAAAACACAUGUUGAGUAAUAUAUAAAUGCGAUUUCUGACAUUUCUGGUCAAGUUGUGGCUACGAUAGAGAUGUGAGAGCGAUAUUUGAGGUGACAACACGGCUUAAUUACAUCUUCUAAUUAUGCGAAUUGAUACAUUCGUAUAAUAAAACCAAGUACUUAAGCUUCACCGAUUUAGCCGAUGGUGAUGAUGUGUUGUUUUCUUUUGUUUUUGUUAGAAAAUAGACGCUGUUAAAUAUGGCUCGCGCGAAGUCCAUUCUUCUUGCGUGCAAAACUCAAACAAAAGAAAAUUAUGUAACUUGCGUCGACCAAGAAAACAUUCGUGCGCCGAGAAAGUCGCGAUCUUGCAGGUGCGAAGUAUGUCUCUGACGUAUGAUUCUACGUGCAUAGAUUCUUAAUUAGAAAUUCUUAACUUUGAAUCGUAUGUCUUGAUUAUUUACUAAUACAGACGUGAAAAAUCGUACAUUCGCGCGCGAAUUAAGUUGCGACUGUUUAACUGAUUCAUGUUUUAAAAUUGAGAUAAAGAUGAUCCGUCUAUUUUUCUACAAAAAUUAUUUUUAAAGUAAUUUACAUAUUUUACACACUGAUAUGAACAUCCCGCCGAAAUAUUUAUGUAUAUAUUUUCAAACGUUCGCGCGAAAAAUUAUAAUACAAUCGCCGUGCAUGUUGAAAGUGUAUGUAAGAUAUUGAACAAGUGUUGUACAUACAUUAAUAUAUAAAUAUUGAUGAUUAU